CUCUCUCUCUCUCUCUCUGAACUAUUGCUCUUUUUCCCAAUCUCUCUCUUGCAAAACUAUUCACUUUCUCAGAUUCUUGUAUGUUUCUGGGUUUUCUUUGAUGGUUUUGCAGAUAUGGCUGUUGAAUUGAUGACUAAUGGUUACAGAAACGACGGUUUUAUCACCAAAAUGGAAGAGAAUGCUGCACAAGAAGCAGCCACCGCAGGUCUUCAGAGCGUCGAGAAGCUCAUCAGAUUGCUCUCUCAAUCCCAACAACAUCAACAUCAUCAGGGUUCUUCUGCUUCUUCUUCUUCAAACCCUAGACCCACCUCCAUGGAUGCUAAUACAGAUUACAGGGCUGUUGCCGAUGUCGCAGUUAACAAGUUCAAGAAGUUCAUUUCAGUUCUCGAUCGAACCAGAACCGGUCACGCUCGGUUCCGCAGAGGUCCGGUGACAAACCCACCUCCACAACAACAGCAACAGAAAAUCAUCACAAAAGAAUCUGAGCCAGUUGUUCCACCCACCACCAACCACCGUCAAACGGUGGAGGAGAAGCUAAUAAUCCCGGGUGGGUCUAGCUCUAGGGUUUAUUGUCCGAUGCCGAUUCAACGCCUCCCUCCUCUUCCUCACAACCACCAUCAAUUGCUUAAAAAUGGACCAAUCGAGAGAAAAGAGUCCUCGACUACAAUCAAUUUUGCUUCCGCUUCGCCUGGGAACUCUUUCAUGUCAUCUUUGACCGGCGAGACCGAUAGUUUACAACAUUCAAUGUCAUCUGGGUUUCAGAUUACAAAUCUGUCUCAGGUCUCAUCGGCCGGUAAGCCUCCUCUCUCAUCGUCUUCUUUCAAGAGGAAGUGCAGUUCAAUGGACGAUAUGGCUGCCAAGUGUAGCGCUGGGUCUUCUGGGAGGUGCCAUUGCCCCAAGAAAAGGAAAUCAAAGGUGAAGAGAGUGUUGAGAGUGCCGGCUAUAAGCAUGAAGAUGGCUGAUAUUCCACCGGAUGAUUACUCUUGGAGAAAGUAUGGUCAAAAGCCCAUCAAAGGUUCCCCACAUCCCAGGGGAUAUUAUAAGUGCAGUAGUGUGAGAGGUUGCCCAGCACGAAAGCAUGUGGAGAGAGCACCGGAUGAUCCAGCCAUGUUGAUUGUCACCUAUGAGGCUGAACAUAAUCACUCCCACUCUGUUUCAGAGGCACCAGCGUCUCUAAUCCUUGAAUCAUCUUAAUCUGAUCAUUCCCAUCAUCCAACGGCCCAGAGGAAAUCUUACCCACCAGAAGAAAAGGACAAUCUUUAUCUCCAGGACAAAGUAAAGGAAAGGAGGAGAGGGGAGGGGAGAAUCAAGUAGUACUAGCAUUUACACAACUCAAUGGUCAACGCUGUCCAUUACUUUAUUUCUUUUCUCUCUCUUCCACCUCUUUGUGCCGUUGAAAACUUGUUAUUCACUUUGGAAAAAGUUAAAAAAGAAAAGAAAAAAAGAGAGCACAUCGUGGAUUUGGUGGGAAUUGAAUCAUGGAAAUAGUGGUUUUUUUGUC